AUGAACCCAUCUCAAGAUACAGAAUCAGUUCCGCAACUGUCCGGUAGCUGGUCGAAUCAAGUCCAGGAGCAAGAAAGAGAGAGCAGCCAUACCCCACGCCCGAGUAGCAGUCGCCCUCACCGCGGACGAUACUAUCCGCGACAUCCAGCAUAUCGCCUCUCACGCGACGAAUUACGCGAAUUUGCGAACUCCACUAUCGAAACACUCGAUGAAGGAUGGUACAUCCCACCAGGCUGUGACAUGCCCUACGAUCUCGUCUCGAAAAUAUUGUACACCAACGAGAACACAGGGUACUAUCCACCUGAUGAUCCUGAUAUCGAGCAGUGGGCCACGGCGAACCUAGGGGAGAAGAAGGAUACAAAGAUAGUCAUCGGGGAGUACUCCACCCUGGUCGGGGCGAGGAAGCUGCAUGAGACGGUUGGCUCUGAUCUCGACGCAAAGAGUGAGACCAUCGGUGCACUUAACUUUGCCUCGGCGAAGAAACCUGGUGGAGGGUUCCUUAAUGGUUCGCAAGCACAGGAAGAAUCCAUCGCGCGCGCGUCGACGUUAUAUCCAUCUUUGAUCACCCCAGCGGCGAAGGAUUUUUACCAACUUUACGCCGAAGACCCCGAUAACGCGUUCUAUACCCACGCGAUGGUGUAUUCCCCUGCCGUAGUGCUGAUGCGGAACGACAAAGGAGAUUGGAAGAGCCCGAUCGAAGUGGAUGUCCUGUCUAGCGCCGCAGUGAACGCUGGGGACGUGCGCAAACAAGUCGAAUGGCAUGAAGAAAUGCGACAACUACGCGCAAGAGUUCAGCAUGCUGAAGCAGCAAGGCAAGAGGACGCGGCCAGGCGACGAGAAGAAGAGGAUGCCGAGAAGAAACAAUUGAAGGCACAGCGGGCUGAGUCAAACAGAGACGAGGAUGACCAACAGACGAGCGAGCAGGACAACCCCCAGGCAUCCAGUUCAGAAGAUGCCGGUAUAACCAAUCCCACUUCUGAACCCGAAGCAACCUCCCAAACAGCGACAUACGCCAAACCCUCCGAUCCUCUCUCAAGCCCCGAACACACCCCCACGGAACCCUUAUCAUUUGCCUCUUCCUCCUCCGAGCCCCCUCGAUCGCCCACACCGCCGCCCAAUGUGGACCCCUUCGAGCUCGCCGAGCUCGAGAUCGACGACGAGAUGUACGAGCGCAUCGCUCGGUUACUCUUCCUCUUCCAUCGACGCGGUGCACGGCACCUCGUGCUCGGUUCUUUCGGGACAGGCGUAUUCCAGAAUCGCGUCGAGCUCGUCGCGGGUAUCUUCAGGGAUCUGCUAUUCAAGAAUGACCAGGGCGUGGAGGGCAGGUUUUAUGGCGCGUUUGACACGGUCCUGUUCGCGAUUUUGGGAGGAUCGACGGUCAGGACGUUCCAGGAGAUGUUCGGGGAUGCCGCGGUGGUGGACGAGGAGGGCGAGGGAAGUGACAUUGAAGGUAUGAAGGACGCCGCCGACUUUCCCGACUUCCCAACUUCCAGGACACCGCAAGAGACGACAGAUGGCAAAGAACCACAGAGAGAGGCUGGUCCUAAUAGAUCAGACGUAAAGACUGAAGAGGAGAACUAUGACCAGAAAACCGAGUCCGCAGCAGAACAGAAGAUCGAUCGUCAGCUUGACGAGAUUAUCGCAGAGGAAGAGGACAAGGUCUCCGAACUUAUCGACCAGCAAGGAGAUCUAGGUCUGCCUCCUUCUCUUCCAUCAUCUAGAGAAAACCUUGCUGCCGCUCCGAUUUGA